AUGGAAAGCGAGGCCCACUUUACAUAUGGCCCGCCGCUGCAGGGUCGCAAUAUACGGCUCAUCCGGAUCAAGCUCGGUUCCGAGAAGACUACACUAGAGAUCAACCUGGUUGAAUGUAGGCUUGGGAGCGUGAAGUUUGAAGCCCUUUCAUACUGCAACAGUCAGUCGAUGUACGUUGGAACGAGUCUCCUAGACGCCUUUGGCGAGCUGGCUCGCCGCCGGUCGACUGAACUCGUCUGGGCUGAUGCGAUUUGUAUUAACCAGAAAGACGACCAAGAAAAGACUCACCAAGUCCGCAUGAUGCGCGACAUAUACAAGAAGGCGCAGAGGGUGAUUAUCUGGCUCGGAAAUGAACAGGCCGGCGAUGGGAGAGGAUUCGAGCUUGCGCAAAGCCUGUAUCAGAAAUGCGACGGCGAGAAUUACAACAUGUAUGCUACUACCUACGACUUCGAAUACUUUGACUGCGGAUCCAAAGGAGUUCCCACACCUUUGGGUGAUCCGGGUUGGACUGCACUGUUCGCCAUCCUCAGCCAUCCCUGGUUCAGUCGGAUAUGGGUUGUCCAGGAAUUGCUAGUGGCCCAAAGAUCCAUUAUGUGGCGAGGAGGCUUGGAUUUUGAUACCGACGUAAUUCUCUGGGUGACGAUGCAGAUCGCUCGCCAUAGAGAUCUCUACGAGUGCUUCGAUAUCUUCAUGGGCAGCCCGCCGUGCUCGGCCCUCAUGGCCCGCAACAUCGCAACAGGCUACCUCGAAUAUAAUAGUUUGGGACCGCUCUCUAUUUACGAUACGCUUUCGCGGUACAACGGCAUGGAAGCAACGGAUCUGCGGGACCGAUACUUUGCGCUUGCUGGUAUAUCGCUCCUCGACGCAGGCUUCGUAAACUAUGAGAAGUCGUAUCGCGACGUCGCUUGCCUGGUAGGCAAGAUGGCGCUGCUAGGUUUCCCCGAGUAUCUGGUCGAUCCAGAGGGCAUUGAAGUGUUGCGUUUCACGGAGAAGCCUGAAGCUCACAGGUUCCUUAUCGAGUGGCUGGCCUUUCACGCAAAUCCCCAGAACCACAAUCUCGGCCUCCCAUCGUGGAUUCCUGAUUUGGUAUCACCACACAGCCCCGGCUUUCUCAUGUCCGGAUUCUAUAACACCCUAUAUUUGCAGGGCCUCAAGGAGAUCCCAUCGCCGAAACUGCGACUGAUGAGACAAGGUGCCUACUUCGAGUCCCCCAGAUUUUCGCCGCCUCCGUGGAUUAUACCUGUACCCGACGUAAGGAGAAGUUCAAGC